ACCUGGAGCCUAUCCCAGGGAGCAUCGGGCACAAGGUGUAUACCCGUCGGUAUAUAUCUUAAUUUUGAAGCUGUGAUCAAAGAAACACCAAUAUCUCUGCCGUCGUAGAGUCGAAGUUCCUGGAACUUCAUAUAACAAAUCACUCCAUGUAAUACUUCUCUCAAAGUAAUACACGCAUUUCUUAAAUCACUGACUCCGUUCCACACAGACAGCAAUACACAAUGACUUAAUAAAAUUCUAAUUCUAAAUCUUUGACUCCCUUCCAUACAGACAGCAAUACACUAUGACAUAAAAUUCUAAUUCUAAAUUCUUGAUUCCUACGAGUCAGGGGUGCGGCCACUGUUGUCCAGAAAAGCUGAAAAGACUCACACAGACCAGCCAGGAGACGCCAAAUUGUCGCGGAAAUUAGCAAGGAAACACUUGCAGACCUCUGAAGUCCUCUGAAGUCAGGGUGAGGCCACUAUUGUCCAGAAAAACUGAAAAGACUCACACAGCCCAGCCAGGAGACACCAAAUUGUCGUGGAAAUUAGCAGGGAAACACUCGCAGACCUCUGAAGUCCUCUGAAGCUGGCUACAAAUCUUUUUAGCUGGUAUGGAAAUCAAUGAAACAACUUUUGUCACCUUGAUCAACUCCAACUACUUCCCUGGCAAGUUGUGGCGUUUGGUGAAUGAUCCUCAGAUUCGCUCAAUCUGGUGGGACGACAGCGGGGAAGGAAUACUCGUCAAUCAGCUACCCUUUGAAGCUGAAGUGCUAUUGUCCCAACCCAGGCAGGUGACCGAGUACUUCAGAACGACGGACUUCAUCAGUUUCGUUCGCCAGCUGAACCUGUACGGAUUCAGAAAAAAACGUACAGACCUUGACGUCUAUGACAAGCAACCCAACGUCUCAUCCAUUAAGGACCAACUGCACCACUUUCACAACCCGUACUUCAAACGGGAUAAGCCUGAGCUUCUACUCAAACUAAAGAGACUCACGGCUCUCAACAAGGCCAAGCUCACCGGCAUAGAGGUGACCAGCAGGAAAUCAAAACGUUUCCAUCAUGUGAUGCUGAAUUCGCCACAGGAAACCCCUGCCUUAAUGAAAACAGGUUCAGUCUUGCUUGGACAUCAGGGAACCCCUUACCACCAUCCCUGUAAUGGCCCUCAGCAGGAGAAGGACUGUGACAGAACGUCCAAAUCCUCCCAAGCAUUUGUAGUGGGCCAUGUUGAUCCUUCCCCAGUUACUUUAAAUACUAACAACGUUGUGCCGGUCCCUGUGUCCCACCACUUCCCAGUGGACUCGCCGAGUGCAUAUCCCUCCAGCGUCAAGCACAUGCAGCAGGGCGUCAUACCUCAUCACUCACAGUACAGGUUUUACACACCAGUGUAUCAGCGCUGUAGCCCAGACUUCUUGGAUUCAAAAGUACCACGCUUUCAACAACGAGCUGCUUCCUACUCUCCUUGUGGCUAUUACCCUGACCACUCAGUCGGAUAUGCUCAUCCGAUUGAUCAGGAUCCAUACUGGAAAGCAGGUGAUGUUCCAGAGUCCAGGAAGAGUGACAUGAAAGAGAAAGAGGGCCUGGACACUAUAUUAAAACUGGCGGAAGAAAUCCAGGCCGAUGUCGAAGUUGCUGCAGAGAUCAGUCACCUGAUAAGACACAUUGAGCAGGGAGCGCAUUUUAUUUCGAGUGUAAUGACUGGAAAUGUUGCCUUUAAUCCUUUUCCUGACAAUGAUUCACAUGACAGCAACAUGAGUUGAUUUAUUUAUUAUCGCUUUCCAGGUAUAUUCCUUUGUACUCCUCUGUAUAACAGAAAAUAGGUAGCAAAUGAUCCUCAAUGAUCAAUAAAUUUCACAAUUUUUUCGGUAUUCUAUUGGCAAAUCAUUUUUUCUUAAAAACAGUUUUCUCAAAAACCCCCCACAUUUUUUCUUAAACGAAGCAAAUGCAAUAAACAAUGUACAAUUUGAAAAUUAUUAAUGUCUAGAAAUAGGUUUAUAAAUCUUAUUUAUUACUUACAGUAUUAAAUUUUUAAAAAUGUUUUCUUUGUUCUCUUAUGAUUCACGAUAUCUUUUUACAGCUACUGUUCUUUUAUUUGCUCAUGUGUAAAGCACUUUGUUUAUUAAACAGUGUUUGACGUAAUUAUAAAUGAUUAAAACACCUUUUAAAAUAAUUUCUUUUAAAAAGCAUUUGUGCAUGUCUUUUAUUUAAGAUAACUUAAACAAAAUGCUGGAUGUAUUAAUUAUACUUAUUCGAUUUAAAUAUUAUUUUUAGCUGUAGUUUGAUUCAAUAACAGUAAUAUUUUUAAGGCAAACUUAAAUAUUUUUUAAAAAUAGUCAUAUUUUAAAGCUGGUAUGUAAUAGAGAGACAUGUGCACACUGAAGCACUUUAUUUAUUAAAACUGAUUUAUUCAAUGAAACAA